AUGGAACCCCUUCGCUUCUACACCCGCGACCUGGCUGAGUUGGAUCAAGUGAUAUCACUGUUCCCUCGCGACUGUGUCCGGUGUGACUCCACCUCGCAGCUCUCGUGUCCGUCGUGCGCCGAGGGCCAAGCCUGCCAGUUCACCGUACCCACAGACUGCAGCGAGUGCGCCCAGGCCGUCUGCGUCGACGCCCCCGACGCCUCCGGCGACAGUUCUUCCGACAGCAGCCAGGACGGCAGCGGCGGCGGCAAAGACGGCGGUGGCGGUGGUGGCCCGAACGCGGGUGCCAUCGCCGGCGGUGUCGUCGGCGGCGUCGUCGUCCUGGCCCUCCUGACGUACCUGGCCUGGAGGUUCCUCAUCAAGCCCAAGCGAUCCGAGGAGGCCGCCCGCCAGUCAGCCUACAGCGGCCGCGCCACGAACCCGACCGAGAGCUCGGAAAAGGAUGGCGCCUUGAGGCUGACGCGCCGCUCAUCGACACACACCGUGCACUCGAUUGCCUCGACCGUCCUCACCCGAGCCUCCAACAUCAUCCAGAUUGCCUACAUCCCCGGCGUCACCAACCGCGCCCACAACCAGUCGUCGGGCGGCAUGCUCGUGCCUCCGGUCCCGCCCAUCCCCAUGGAGCACGCCGGCAGCGGCAGCAACAGCCCUGCCAACGACGACCAGCACUUCUUCGUCCCCGGCGACCUGCGCGACUCGACUUACUCGGGCCUCUCGGGCUACUCGGACCGCGCAUCGUACGCCACGCACGCGUCGUACGCGCCCCGCUCCAGCAUCGCCUCGACGAUCUACGGAAAGCAGGCCCAGGUCAUGACGCCGGCGUCGACGGGGAUGCGCGCCAAGCCGACCAUGGUCAGCGUCAAGUCGCUGGGCGUGUCCAACGGCAACGCGCCGCCGGUCCCCGACGUCGACUACGACAAGUUCGGCGCCAACCGGCCGCAGAGCGUCGCCAGCAACUUCAGCGUCGGCUCCACGUUCCUCAACACGGCCACCCAGACGCGCGCGCAGGUGGUCAAGGUGGGCGGCGGCCUCCGUCAGGUGCAGAUCGCCGGCAAGUCGGACUCGUCGGCCAAGACGGCCGGCACCGGCUCCUCAUCGGACAGCAACUCGGACACGGGAGCGUCGUCGGACUCGGAGUCGACGACGCCCACCGGUCCCAAACCCGCGCUGCCCAAGCUAACGAUCAACAACUCGCCAUUCCUGGACCCGGCCGACGACGCCGUGUCGCCUACGGCCCCUCCCACCAAGUCGGGAAGCAACGUCGGCCUAGGUGCCGUGGUCGAGGAGGCCGAGGAUGAGGAGGAUGCGGGUGGUGACGGAAAGGACAAGCGACCGACAUCUACGGAGAGGGGGCCCAGUCCCUUUGGUGAUGAGCAUGCCACCAAGUAA